CCGGCGCGGGAAAGGGCCUGCGCCGCAUGCGCGCGCACAGUCGGCGGCCGCGCGCAGCACGCUCAGGGCCGGGAUGGCGGCGGCGGCGGCGGCUUCAGGAAGCGGGACUUCCCGAGAGGACGACGGACCCGCUGGGGAGACAGCGGCCUCGCAGCCCCCAGCCCCAACGAGUGCGCCUGGGGCACGUCUCUCGAGGCUGCCUCUGGCGCGAGUAAAGGCCUUGGUGAAGGCGGACCCCGACGUGACGCUAGCGGGACAGGAAGCCAUCUUCAUUCUGGCGCGAGCAGCGGAGCUAUUUGUGGAGACCAUUGCAAAAGAUGCCUACUGCUGCGCUCAGCAGGGAAAAAGGAAAACCCUUCAGAGGAGAGACUUGGAUAAUGCAAUAGAAGCUGUGGAUGAAUUUGCUUUUUUGGAAGGUACUUUGGAUUGAUUGCUGAGUGGGACAGUUUUGUGAGCCUUCAUCUGCAGCCUUCAGUUGACCCCUCUCUACAGGCCUCAGCUUUGAAGAACGGAGUCUUUGCACUUAAACACACUCUUCCUGUUCUGCCAGUCACCUAUGCUGGGAUAAGCAGAUAUCUCAUCAAUUAGCUUUUCUCUGCAAGGUCUUCCACUAAUUCUGUCUUCCAUGUCAAGCUUGGAUGCAGCUGCUGCUGCCUGGAGCAGAGAUGAAGAAAUGUUCCGCAUAAGUGGCUUACUGAAUGAUGAGGACCAGAAUAAAGGUUUUUGAUCAGCUUUA